UUUUUAUACUCCUCACUUGGAUCCAUCUUGAAUCUUUUUCAUACAUAUUAUGUAUAUAUACCCUCAUGUUUGUUUCCGCCUUUCAUCCUUCAGCCACAGUGAAGGCACCGCUGCCGGUCCCUCCUCAGCUGCUCGCAAUUGCCCCAAAGCUCGGGAUAGAAGAGCAGGCGCCAAAUGUGUUGAGACAAAAUUCAUCCCCACAUAAUAUAGCCCCUGUGGAAGCGCAGGGAGACACUGUCCUCGAUGAAGCUCUGACUUGCCCAGUGCCUCCUGUCCCCUUAGCAGCACCACACCAGCCUGCAGCCUCUGUUCCGGGCUAUAGUGAGGAUGUUGCCCACUGGAACUGCUCGCACCAGCAGAAGAUUUGGAUGAAGACUGAGUUGGACACAUUGGGUCUGUGGCCAGGUUCACGUCCAGUGAGACACCUAAUGAACAUGUUGUCCCUGUGGCGUUAUCCGCCUCAGCCUGAGCUCAUAGACUCAAUCUCUGACCUGCCUUCACCCAAGUACUAUCAGCUUCAUCCAUAUUUCAUUUGGAAGCCAGAGCACGCGAUCAUGGAGAGGGUGAGAAACAACUUUGUCUUGCCCUGUCUCUAUGGUUGUCCGAACCCUCAGGUAGUUUCUUCUGGCAUUGGAAGGCCAAGAGUCAUCUUUGGGACAAGUGGCCAGUACUAUAUUUUAGCUUCGCGACUCACCUGCAAGGUCUGCAAAAAGUACUAGCAUGCUGACAAGCCCCAGUGGCUGGAGAAGCUACCCCAGCGCAUCAGCAACAUCGUGCCGGCCUUCCUGACGCACAAAAAGGCCGUCUGCAAAUCUGUACUGGAUGAGAUGAGGCGCAGCGGCAGAUCCCCAGAGGACAUGUCCAAGCAGCUGACGGAGGCGCUCAAUCUCAAAUAUGAGAGAGCUCACCUGGCCUACUUGCUGUGUGUGCAGAAUGUCAGGGAUGCUGAGGCAGGAGUCUACGGCCAAAGGACCAUCACUGGGUUCCUCAGACAG